GCUCGCGUUGUGGACUCAAGCUUCGUCAAGGUUGAGGGCGCUUGCCAUACAAUCCUUGACGUCAAACAACUCUUUUGGAUUCUUUCCAUUCUUUUACCUAUUUCGCUAGAUGCCAGUUAAAGAUAGAAUGAGAUCAUCUUUUUGGACAGUACCAAUUGAAGGAAGGUGAUUGUCUGGAGGCGCCUAAAACUUUCCGCGUUGCAGGUAGAUCUCAAACCCUGAUAGCCACCGGUGGCCCACAGACCCACUUAGAAGCGAAUCAAGCAGCGGCUUUCUUGCGGCCAAGCCUUAGGACUGUGCCAGCAUGGACUCCGAGCAGAUGUACUCUGACCUUCCCGACGGAAGCUGCAGCUGUUGUGCAAGCAGGCUGGCCUACGAGCAAAUGCAACCAACAAGGAGAUGGCAGAGGCCCUUAGCAAACUUGCAAAGGCAAAGUCAGUGGCUGAAAAAGAUGGGCCAAGCAAUUUGACACCUGCUGAAACCAAACCCCGCACGGACAUCAGGCUGGAGGGAAACACUGCAAACAGCUCAGAGUCAGAGGUUGCAAUUGGCAGGAAGGAUGCUGUAGCAGAUGGAGACUUGGUGCAGAAGGGGCAUGAGGUGAUAACCAAGUCGGUAGAUAGCAGCCAGGAAAUGGAACCAAAGCCUGGGUCCGUUCAGCGUAAUACUCUAGAGCCAUUUCUGGCAGAAGUCAGACCGGAGGCUGAGCAAGUCAGCUGCAGUGAUGUAGGCGAGGGUCUUCAGGGCGAGGAUGGGAAGGACUCGAUGCUCGCUGUGGAUCCAACAGCGUCAGAGGAUAGUGAAACGGCCGAAGAGCUUGCUCCAGCUGAAGACUCCUCUGGAGCUGCUGGGAAGGACAGUCUGGGGGGGCUAGCCCAGGAGCUUCUUCUGGCUGAAGGGAACGGAGCUAUGGCUGCCGUGGGGUCUCACCGGGGGCUCGUCAAGAAGAUGCACAUUGGGCAGAAGGGCAGAGAAGAGCGUUUGAAGCGGGCAGCGGAUAAAGGGACGGUGGAGCGCAGCAUGUUGCUUGCGGAGAGACGAGGUGGUGGCUUCAUUCAGAGUCUGCCUCAGCCAACAAGUGCUGGAGCAACGUCAGAAGCCCCAGCGGAGUUGGCCGAGUCACAUGCUGGCGCACAUCUAGACAAGCAAUUGGCCCAAGGUGACGUUGCGAUUACUCUGGAGGAGAAUGCGGAGCAGAUUGGGGAGACGAUGGUUCCUGAAAGGUUGCCGGCUGCGAAGGUGGUGGAAGGAGAAGAGUCUGUGCAAGAGGAGGGGCUCGAAGAGAGUGGUGAGAAAGUAGGGAUCGGGGAGGAGGCGCCGAGGGCGGGGGCUGGAAGCGAGUUGGUGGCACAUGACGAAUUGGAAGCCGAGAAAGAGAACGAAGCCCCAGCUAGAGUAAACGAGACCCCGGAAAGUAGACCGGAGAAACCAGUCAAGCCCUGCCCUGAGAAGGAAGACCUCAAGAAACAGCCGGAGAACGGAGUCGCGGACGGAUCGCUUAUGCCCUUGAGUGUGACGUUGGAAGGGAGCCUGCUUGCCGAAGAGGAUUCAACGUGCGGAGGGCAGCCGGCUCACAAGCGGUGCUACAAGAGCAGGCCGUUCUCUGUGCCCGGGGUGGAGAAACGGGUGCUGGCGGCAGCGAAGAAGGGCGCGGGCCAGAGGGACGCGAUCCUGGCCGAGAGGCGAAUGCUAUCUUAACCGCCGCUUCCAAGAAGAGUUCAAGCGAAGUCCGAGAAGGCAGAUCUGCAAUGGGUUGUGUUCUUUACGGGCCUAUUUCGGCGUCUCGACUGAGUGCUUCUCGACAUCAACCCAGUUGGGGACAGACCGUCGACAUUUGGCCUUGACUUUGCUAUUGCUUAGAGACCCGCAAUGCGCAUCUCCUAUUCAUAGGAAGCAGUGUGCCCACUUGGGCAGGUGACCUGACCCACAUUCGAAAUUGUUACAUCUGAACGGCCGUCGUAGACCAUAGCAUAUUGACCAGGCUUCAUGGCACCUUCCGUGACAUCGUAGCUCCCACUGCUUCUGCAUUCUGAUCGCUGGCUUUGAUUGCCGUAUUCGCGAGAUCACAGGAUACUUCCAUAGUUUGACAGCCGGGUACCAUUGGUUAAAGGCCGUCUAGUCUGAUGAUUUCAAAUCAAGGGCUACCUCGGUUACCUUUGA